AUGAUCACAUCUCGAGUACUCCGUUUGCCACGAAAACCAUUCGUCGAUCUGGAUUAUGCCAGACACAUGCCGGCUGCCUACGUGGAACGUGUCAAACGGACGGUUCCGAGAAAAGUGUUUGGAGACCGUUUCGGUGCACCAGACAUCAAAAUGUAUUAUGUGCAUCCGGAUGACUAUCUUCCGUCGCAUAAACGCCCAUGGGAAGAUAAACAACUCUCGUCUCAUUUGCAGAGAGCUGAUAAAUAUUUCUCAUCUCAACUCUCCCAACAAUUCUUCAACUUGCGCCGCCCGAAAUCCCAACGAAUUCCCGACACAGAAUGGACGUUUUUCCCCGGAGAUCUUGUUCAAGUAAUGGUUGGAAAAGACAAAGGACGUCAGGGUCUUGUGCUCACAAUCAGCAGAGAUACUAGUGAUGUCAUUGUCGAUGGAUUGCACACGAGACUUGGCGAGGAUAUGGAGGGAAGUGAGAAAUUAGGAGUCGACAAAACGCUCAGAUGGCAAGAACAACCACUCUCAGUAUCCAAAAAACAGGUUAUGCUCGUUGAUCCGAAUGAUGAGAGUCCGUGUGAAGCUAGAUGGCAAUUGAAUUCAGCUGGCGAUGAGUACAUCCGUGUCUCCACAAAGAGUGGCUACGAGAUUCCAAUUCCAUCACAAGCAAAAGUUACCUACGAAUACUUGCAACCUGAAAAUUAUAUUGAAGUGGAAGGAAAAGACACACCAGCUGACGCGGUUCUCGAAAGAACUUAUAUGCCAAAAGUGGCAAGUUUCGAGCAAGAAAUAAUGGAAGAUAUGGGAAUCAAGGAGGAGAGAACUCCGAAACCAACCUUCUGGUACUAA